CUUGCUACUGCUAUUGCUAGCACCCUUGUUUCAUACACAACCACCUUGAACUGCUUUUCACCUAACGAACGAAUAUCUGAUAUUGCUAGGAUCGCAUACGUGGAUUGAGUCUAUAAUUUCUGAGGUAUACUUUUUCAUCUUGUUGAUCUACAACGGUCACAGCAGAGCAUCUCAAAAUGGUACAAGCAGGUGUGCGGCGACGUGGGCCGCGAGCGGCCAAGCCGUCCUCCAAGCGACAGGAGGCUGAAUCGCAGCUUGCAAAAAAUGAACAAAUCCCUGAAAGCGCUGCAGCGUCGUCUGCCCAAGAGCAGGAAGCAGAUGAGUCCGCUGCUGUCCCAGAGGAGGACGAGAAGAAAGUUCUCUACAAGGGGAGCCGGACAGUUAUGUUUUCUUGUUCGAUUACUUAUACUCCAUUGCAAGAAAAAAUGCUGCUAUCAGCCGUUUGCGUAGUCGUAGCGUUUGGCCGUUGUGCUUCAGGCUUCCGGCGGGGUAAUUGCGUGGAACUAUAGCGGGAAAUUGUAGACCCAGGCACCAAAAAAAAAAAAUCGUAUUGGUGGCCGCGUGAGUGAAUGAACGAAUUUCUGACUUUUCUUGUCCACCUUACAUGGUUCGCUCUCGUUCGUAGAGAAUGAAGGAACAGUACCUUGUUUCCCCUGAUGUUCCAACAAGCUCGUCUCAAAUACGCUCUAAUACAACCCUUCGCGUGUACCGAGGCGCGCAGCGACACUGCCCGCGCCUGUUAGGAGCUUUUUUGACCAUGCAGAGAUACGCGACAAAGAAACGAAGGACAGCGAGAAAAAUGGUGGAGAAAGUAUGGCAAUCGUAUCACAGACACCCCAUUGGACACUGUCACCUUCUCCUGAAUCAUGUUCUAUCCUAAAUUAGAUAUAGGCCUAGCCACAACUUGUUCAGAGUGCGUAUUACAUUGCAUCCUUUGCCUUGACAGCUCAAGCAUCCUUUCCUCAGUAUCCAAACUGACAUUGGCUCUCUUCAUUCCUUGCGCGAGAGGCGACCAAGAAAAAAGCAGGAGAGAUUGUGCAGUGGACUCGCAAGUGCAAAAAGCCGCUGACCUCAUGGCUGGCUUUGUUUUUAAGGCAGGAGGACUUUUUUAAUAGUUGAAAGAAACUAGAACUACUUACUGGGACAACUUCAUCGUCGAUUUCGAAGGGAAUUUCGAUUUUCGAUUAUCGAUUAUUCAAAAGAACCGCUGAGUCUGAGGGCGCUGAUAUCUCACAUGCUGAGCAACAUCCUUUUCUAAAUUUCGUGCAACUUGCAUCCAUGGUUGUGGUAUUCGGCUCCUUCCACACCCUAGUAAACGCAGAAUUUGAGACGGAGGUAGUGCCUGCUACUCCAGUUUCCGACGGAUUGCUAAAAGACGCACAGGUACUGCUUUUUGCAUCUGUUCUAAGAUUUGGUGAAAAUUCGACUUGUUGGUUUUCAAAAUUUAGGAAAUGAAAGCUGGUUUCUUGGGCAGAGUUGCUUUUCAGUAGAAAAAAAAAUCCUGUCAACGGUAUUUGCCUCACUUUUUCAGCAUCAAAAAAUAUCGUGAUGUCCAACACAACCACCACCCACUCAAAAGAUCCUCGAAGAAAAGGAGUUUUCCUUGGUGUCAUUGGCGGUUUCUGCGAUGUUGUUAGGAUCAUUUGCCUUCAUGAUGGCGAUGUUCUACCUCGUCAAUCACCCUGACGAGGAUAUGAAACGAUACUCGUGGCAAGUUAUCUCAGCAACCGUAUCGAUCUUUAUCGCAGUGCUGACUUUUCAGGUACUUGGACUUACAGUCCUUUCUUUGUUACACUUGUUUUUGGAUGGGUGGGUAGCGAAAGGGUAUAGUCCAGUUGGAAAGUUGGAUUUGUGACCUUUCCUAGAACUUUGUGGAUUCAAGAUUCAAUGUGAAGCAAACGGCCGAUGAUGGCAGUUCAUGAAUGAACACAUCCUUCUUGACAUUCUCUCUUGCCCACCCAUACAUCACUUGACCAAUACAUUGUGGAUUCAAUGUGAAGCAAACAUCACUUGACCAAUACAGGGUCUCGACAACACUCUCGUAAAUUCCUUGAUUGCUGAGGACAAGAAGGGAGGAGCCGCACAUGUGGUUUUGGAUUUCGCCCAGCAGUUCGCUUGGUUCUGGAUCCUGCAAUUCGCGUUAGGAAAAAGCACAGGAGCGCUUAGUAUCAAGAAUAGUACUUUGCUUCUAUUAUAUCCAAGACCAAGAUGCUCAUGUUGAUGUUCUUGCUAUAAGUAAUACUGGUAAGAACGAGAUCAUGCCUCUUCAAAUCUUAAACCCUGUUGACUAACAAACAGACUCCAACGAAGACGAGCCUUCGGACUUGGAGGAGAUUUGGAUUACGGAGGAGGAGAAGGAGGACAUUGAGCUGCUAGUGAUGUUCUGGGGAACACUGAUUGCUCACAUCAACGGCUUCGCAGCCAUCAAUUCGUUCUCGGACGUUCAGCAGUUGCACUUUUUCUUACGACUUCUUCCCCAAAUGAUAGAUUUUUUCGUAUGACAUCAAUCAUCCGUUGAUGGAGGGUCUCUCAAGAGAAAGUGAGGACCACGAAGUGUCUCAUUCGGAAGUGUCUCAGUAGCUCAGAGAAAGAUAAAUACAUGCAAAUGGAAAGUGAAAGAAUGAACAACGGCACCCCCACCUCCCUGCAACCGGACAAUUCCCCCUUUCCCCACAACUGUACGUACCCCGAGACUGGGUAGAUUAUUAUUAUUAUUCUCCACCUCUCUGUCUCAACAGGAUGAAGAAUUCCCUCCACCCCACCUCUAAUUUGGAGUCAGUCUUCUUGGCAUUCCCUGCUAGCCGUUCCGUUGGCUUUUUUUGUGGUAGUAGGCAUGUUCCAACUUCUCGACACGUACAGAGAACGAUUGGCGUUGAUGGAUGGGCAUAAGGAUGAUAGAGAAUACAUGUGGGACGCGGAAGCUGAGGAGUGCGAAAAUGAUGUGGCUGGUAUCUUCUGUACGACUUAGAAGACAGUGUAUGGGGCUAGCGUAUAUUAGAUUGAUUAUAGUGCUACAACUGUAAAUGGCUUGCUGGAGCUACUUCGGAUCCAGAAUACAUGAUCCAUUUUUGUUUGGUUCAUUCCUUUUCUUAGAUAGGUUUCGCGAGAUUCAUGUUAUAGAUACAUUUACUUACUCUUUGUGGACGAGGAAAUACUAAGAAUACUACGCACUAGUUUAACCUCAACACUACACUAAGAAUACUACGCAGUAGUUUAACCUCAACACACUAGGAAUACUACGCACUAGUUUAACCUCAACACAUCAUAGUCUACAACCUUCAUUAACACUACGCAGUUUAACCUUCAGGCCGAUAGAAAGAAUUUUUCCGCACGAAUAUGAUUGCAACAUGCAUAUACCUUUUCUAAGGCAAAAACCAAAAGCCAAACCAUAAAGUGAGUGUUAAAAGAUACUCUGCUUCUAUCAUAUUACCUAUACCGCACCCACCUGUCAAUAGGUUCUCUCCCCGAUCCCUCCCACGCACAGGUCUUUGCCUUUCUUUUCUUACCGCGCAGUCGGCGACUUAUUUCGUGGUUGGCUACAUUCCUUCCGCUGAAGGGGAGAUCACCGACUACGCAGCCUUGACCUCAACGCAGUACGUCGAGCUGGCCGUGUGGUGCGUCGCUUUUAUGGCCUGCAGCGCUGCUGUGACACGGUUGACGUCGAUUCUGCAACCGGAGGAAGAAACCUUGGAGGAACGCUUGCUUGGCGUGUUGAACAACUGGUCCUGCAUGUCCUUCUCCUGGAGCACGCUGAUGCUCUUCCGGUAUAGAUAAACCAAAUGAUAUUGUCUCCUGGAGCACGCUGAUGCUCUUUUGGUAUAGAUAAACCAAAUGAUAUUGUUUUUGUUGUGACCUUUGGUAACUAUGCAUAAGUGAUAUUAAGGGUUUCGGAAUUGCAUUCCUCAUAACCAUCCCUGACUCUUUUCCUAGUAGAAGAGAGGCCAGCGAUGUUCUGAAGAAUGUAAUUAUGUCACCUCUAAUCAUGACAAGUGCAUGCGAUUCUCCCUUUGCACGCACCUUGUGGUCUUCAGCAUCGUUUGUUCUCUCGAUCUUUUUGCUCGGCCAAAUCGAUAUGUUCCUAAUUACAUAAAACCUUCAGAUGGUGCGCGUUCGCUGUAG